AUGGAUUCGUUGAUAGCAGAGUCAUGGCUAAAGGUGGAAAAUGCCAUUGGCCAACGGCCUCAGCUGACCGGCGAUGUCUUUGCUAUGCGGGAGCAGUACAAGGCACUCGCGGAUAGGGCAAAUGCAACCCGAACCAUUUCACGGAAUAUUACCUGCAACUCCGAGGACACCUUCUGCAGGCUUCUAGCCGAACGCCUGCCUUGUAUUGUCAUCUCGGUGAGCUAUAGGCUUGCACCGGAGCACAAGGCCCCCGCUCAGCUGGAUGAUGCGCUCGAGGCUUGGAAUUGGGCAUAUAACAACGCGAGUACUUUGAACGGUGACCGUGGGUGUUGCUUCACUGUUGGUCAGAGUGCAGGGGGUAGCCUCGCUCUGGCAGUGGCACGCCGAUUGAUCGUGCUUGGCCGGAAACAUGAAGUCAAGGGAAUCGCAGCCAUUGCUCCGUUCGUUGUUCACCCAGAUGGAGUUCCUUCGCGUUAUAUAAAGCAGUAUCGUGCUUUUGAUGAGCUCGGAGACGGUCCCAUUAACACGAAGCAAGCCAUGACCCAUUUCUACAACGCAAUCCAGGCGCCGCCCGGCGACCCAGACGUCUACGUUCUCAAUGCGGAGGCGGAUUUACACCAGUUCCCUCCGACCUACCUUGCAGUCUGUGGGAUUGAUCCACUGCGAGACGACGGCCUUAUCAUCCACGACGCCUUGAAGACAGCUGGGUAUGUUUGCCUCCUGCUUUAG